AUGUAGAGAAUCUUGUCUGCUCGUAAAAACUGCUGUAGUAUUAUGAGUCGGUCACAUGGGUCUAGGAAGCAGUGCCACAUUUGACUUACUCUGUGUUGCAUUUCAUACUCAGUUUUGUUAGCUCAAAACCACCACCCAAUACUCAAUAACCUGCGAACACAUCACAAAAACAUGGAUUCAAAGAUUAUUUAGUACCCUGUUUGUCCAACACAACCAAUUAGUCAGAAAAAUGAGGUUGGAUUAUUUCAAACACAAGUUUCCCUUCAACCACAAAAGUCUCUUCCUCAAAUUCCUUCUUACCUUCUUCUUCCUUGGCCUCGCUUUCCGCAUCCUCUUCUUUCACUCCCUGUCCCCACAGAUUUCCCCUGUUUUGGAAUCCCCUUUUCCUGAUAAAGUCACAUUACCACAGCCCCAAUACCCACCUCUUAAUUCACCUCUUUCACAACAUGUUCCUGAACCGCCACCUGUCCCAGAACAUAUUCCCGAAACUGAUGAAGAUCAAGUGUCCCGCACUGACUCAGAGAAAUGUGAUUAUUUUAGUGGGGAUUGGGUGCGGAACCCAUUGGGCCCUGUUUAUACCAACGAAAGCUGCAACCUUAUCGAAUCUCAUCAAGAUUGCUUGAAAAAUGGAAGGCCCGAUCGAGAGUUUCUGUAUUGGAGGUGGGCUCCCAGAGACUGUGAUUUGCCCCAGUUUGAUCCACAAAGGUUUCUCAACAUGAUGCGUGCUAAAGCGUGGGCACUCAUUGGCGAUUCCAUUUCCCGCAACCAUGUGCAGUCAUUGCUGUGUAUUCUUUCCAAGGUAGAACAACCUGUCUUAGUCUACCACGAUGAGGAAUACAAGUCCAAAAGCUGGCACUUUCCCUCAUACAACUUCAGUUUGUCAGUUAUCUGGUCACCAUUCCUUGUGGAAGCAGCUAUUUUUGAAGACAUAAAUGGUGUUUCAUCAUCUGAAGUUGAGCUAUAUCUUGACAAACUGGAUAAUAAAUGGACGGAUAAGUACUACAACUUUGAUUACAUCAUUUUUUCAACUGGGAAAUGGUUUCUCAAAUCUGCUAUCUACCACGAGAACAACACUAUAUUGGGCUGCCACUCCUGUCCUAAAAGGAACCUGACAGAGCUGGGCUUUAACUUUGCUUAUCGCAAAGCCUUGAAAUUCGUCAUGAACUUCAUCAUGUCUUCCAAUCACAAAGGGUUGAUUUUUUACAGGACAUUCACACCUGAUCAUUUUGAAAAUGGGGAGUGGUUUAGUGGUGGAACAUGCAACAGAACAGCACCGAUUAAAGAAGGUGAGAUGGAAAUGAAGUACUUGAACAAGAUUCUUCGUGAAAUUGAGUUAGAGGAGUUUAGAAAGGCAGCUUCUGAAGCUUCAAGAAAUGGAGUGAAUUUUAAGCUUGUGGAUUUUGCACUACUUUCACAAUUGAGGCCUGAUGGACAUCCUGGUCCAUAUAGGCAAUUUCACCCAUUUGCCAAGGGCCAAAAUGCUAAUGUUCAGAAUGAUUGUUUGCAUUGGUGUUUACCUGGGCCAAUAGACUCUUGGAAUGAUAUAAUAAUGGAAAUGAUUGUCAAUGGUUAAGAACAUCAGUCAAAUGCCCCUUACAGUUCCCUCACAGAAGUUGUGAAUAUUUGGUGAAUUGUUACUCACAUAUACUAUGAUUCUUAAUAUUCAUAUUCAUAUUCAUACAGACACGUGCGAUGGAGAUUGGAGGCUAACAAGUUGAAUGUAGCACAAGGGAUUCUAAAUAUCAGUUUGAAGCUAAUUUUGAUACGGAAGUGAAUGGGCAUAUUUUCUUUGUGUAACGGGGUCAACACAGGUUAUUUGAGGCAACUAUAGUUUGACUGUGUUUCAUUUUCUAUUGGCAUGUAUAAACGAUGGGUUGUCUUCAAAAAUUAAUUCAAUUAGAUUUGAGGAUGAUUGUUGGAUAAGAAAGAAAAAUUUUAGAGAUUAUUUUAUACAUUUCUUUAUUUAUUUAUUCAUAAUUCAAUAAAUAUGUUAAAUUAUCCACCAUAUUCAAUCCGGUUGGAUGAAUUUU